AUGGCUUAUAUUUUGUUAUAUGUGGAUGACAUCAUUUUGACUGCUUCCUCUGAUGAGCUUCAUAAGUCCAUUAUUACCCUUCUUAGCUCGGAAUUUGCUAUGAAGGACUUGGGACAAUUGAGCUAUUUUUUGGACAUUAUUGUAACUCAUAAUGCAGGUGGUUUGUUUUUAUCUCAAAAGAAAUAUGCCAUGGAGAUUAUUGAUCGUGCUGGCAUGUCUUCUUGUAAGUCAUCACCUACCCCUGUUGAUACUAAACCAAAGCUUAGUGCUACAUCAAGCACUCCAUUUGAGGAUCCGACUCUCUACAGGAUCCUUGCUAGGGCUCUACAAUACCUUACUUUUACCAGAUUUGACAUUACAUAUGCAGUGCAACAGGUGUGCUUAUUCAUGCAUGACCCAAAGGAUGAGCACAUGCAGGCUCUCAAGUGCAUAUUGCGCUACAUUCAAGGUACUAUAGACCAUGGUCUUCAUCUUUAUCCAUCAUCUAUAUCCACUCUUGUUUCUUAUAUAGAUGCUGAUUGGGUGGAUGUCCGGGUUCGAGACGGUCUACUUCUGGGUAUUGGGUAUUUGUUGGUGAUAAUUUGA